AUGUCAGUAUUCAACACUUUACAAGAAGAACCCAACACUGUAAUGUGGAAUUUGAUCAUAAAAUCCUAUGUUGAUUCUGGCCUUUCUAGUGAAGCUCUGUUGUUAUAUAAGAGAAUGAGAGAAUUGGAUGUUAAAGUUGAUAGCUUUACAUUUCCAUUAAUAAACAGAGCUGUUUUGUCACUCAAGAGUGAUUUGGUAUUUGGAGAAAUGGUUCAUUGUGUCGCAAUGAAGUUGGGGUUUGGAUUUGAUAUGUAUUUUUGUAAUACAAUGAUAGAAGUCUAUACAAAAUCUGGGUGGCUUUCUUAUGCUCUUAAAUUGUUUGAGGAGAUGUCACAGAGAGAUUUGGUUUCUUGGACAUCAAUGAUUUCUGGGUUUGUUUUUGAAGGAAAUGUUGUUGGUGCUUUUGGGUUUUUCAAUAAAAUGAGGUUGGCGAUGGAGCCAAAUUCUGUAACUUUGAUUGUUAUGUUUCAAGGGUGUUGUGGAUAUGAGGGUUUGAUUGAAGGAAGGCAACUCCAUGGUUAUGUGAUCAAGAAUGGGUUUUUAGUCGAUGGGUCUGUGCAAAAUACAAUCUCGAGAAUGUACACUAAAUUCGAUUGUCUUGAAGAAGUUGAAACUCUUUUCAGUGGUAUUGGUAAGAGGGAUGUUGUUUCUUGGAAUGCUUUGAUUAACUUUCACUCCUUGAGAGGAGACAUUGGAAAAAUUGCUGGUAGUUUUAAUCAAAUGCAGGCUGAAGUCAAGCUUAAUAGCGAGACUUUAACUUUGAUUACCUCAGUGUUAGCAAGAAGGGGAAAUCUAAUGGAUGGCGAAAAGCUGCAUGCUUUUUCUAUAAAAUUUGGGUUAUGUGAUGAUAUUUUGCUGACUUCUUUCAUGAAUUUGUAUGCGAAGUGUGGGGAAUUGAGAAAUUCAGUUCAGUUGUUUAGAGAAAUCCCUUGCAGAAGCGACAUUACUUGGAAUGCUAUGAUGUCAGGGUUCAUUCAAAAUGGGUGUUACAUUGAGGCGAUUGAAUUGUUCCGGCAAAUGCUAGAUUCAGGUCCUAAACCAGGAUUUGAGAUUUUAGGCAGUCUUGUGGAUGCAUGUAUGCAUCUGGGUGCACUACACUUGGGUAAAGGAAUCCAUGGCUACCUCAUGCGGAACUUGUUUUACAUUCCUGAAGAAGACAAUAUGCACUUAGGAACCUCUAUCCUUAACAUGUACAUAAGAUGCGGAAACAUUUCUCCGGCUAGAGAAUGUUUUGACAGAAUGCUCGUCAAAGAUAUUGUAACAUGGACAUCAAUGAUCGAGGGGUAUGGAAUCCAUGGGCUGGGUGUUGAAGCUGUAAAACUUUUCGAUAAGAUGUUGGAGGAAAGAAUAAAGCCCAACAGCGUAACCUUCUUAAGUCUGCUGUCAGGUUGUAGUCAUUCUGGCCUUGUCAGCAAAGGCUGCGAAGUCUUCUUUUCCAUGAAAUGGAGAUUUGGUAUUGAACCUGAAUUGGACCAUUACAAUUGCAUGGUUGAUCUUUUAGGUCGAUCUGGAAGGCUCAAAGAAGCAUUGGCUAUAAUUAUAAAAAUGGAGGUUUUCGCUGACAAUAGGAUUUGGGGCACUCUUCUCGCAGCCUCUAGAAUGCAUGCAGAUGAGAAAGUCGGCAACUUUGCAGCUCAAAGGGCCAUGGAACUGGAACCUGAUGAUGUUGGAUACUGCACACUCUUGAGCAAUGUACAAGCUAGUACUGGAAAGUGGUCUGAAGUUGAAGAACUUAGGAGAGAUAUGCAUGAGAAAGACGUGAAGAAGGCGCCAGGUUGGAGCUAUAUAGAGGAAAAAGGGAGGAAUUAUUAUUUUGUAUCUGGAGAUAAAUCACACAAGAAAGUGGAGGAGAUUUAUGAGGUUUUGGGACAGUUAGGUAGGAAAGUGCAGGAAUUUGGCUAUGUAUAG